AUGGCGCAACUCUUGACGCCUCUGGUGUCUUCCGCCAUUGACUACGAGAAGAGUCCUACGCCUGAACCUCCUCCAACAUCAUUCCCAUAUCCCGAGCGACAAGCACCGGGACAACCGACGUCUCGUGGUACUUCUGAUGCAACGCUUCAUAGUGUGCAUGCAAAAGACGACCCCAGUGUCGCAGACAUCCGCAAUGACCAGAUCGAGAGACCCCAGCUUGCUUCGAGGAAGUUCGAGACCGAGAUUGCUCGUCCAGUUGCUCCAUGCCUGCCUCAGCCUAGGCGGCAACAUUUCCCGGACCCGAAUCAGUCUGCCCUAGAACACCCUGCCUCGGAAGAAACAUCAAGCGAUUCGGAUAUAUUGAAUUCAUCGGACGAUGACAAUCCACCUCGUCUGCGGCGGGCGCAUACACAACCAUCCGGACACCUGUCCAAAUCACAACUCAAUAGAGUGCGGACAUAUCACUCUAGACCGGACCAUCUCAAGGUUGGGAACGAGUUCUUCAAGUCUCAGGGCCGAGUGGCGAGAGACGGAAGAUUAAAUAUAUCUGUCAACGAGACCGCUCAAACGGGUUAUCUUGCGAAAGCGCUUGGGGCUACAAUCGAGCAUCACCUUGGACCAAAUCACGAACAGGACGCUCUAGCAGCAGAGAAAUCCAAGGCCGAUUUCCGCAGGGACAAGGACCAGCUAGUCGUUCCCAGACUCAACAUCGUCAUCAUGGUUAUCGGUUCACGGGGUGACAUACAACCUUUUCUGAAGAUUGGAAAGAUUUUGACGACUUACAAUCAUCGGGUGAGGAUUGCAUCCCACCCUACUUUCAAACAGUUCGUCGAGGAAGAGAUGGGUCUUGAGUUUUUCAGUAUUGGCGGUGAUCCUUCCGAGCUCAUGGCCUUUAUGGUCAAGAACCCGGGGCUGAUUCCUUCAAUUGAGUCUGUCAAAUCUGGCGAAAUCGGCAAAAGACGUGAAUCCAUGUUCCAGAUGUUCCAGGGUUUCUGGAGAGCCUGCAUCAAUGCGACAGACGACGAAAAGGACAUCGCGAACCUCAAGAUGAUGGGCUCAAAGACGCCUUUUGUGGCCGAUGCGAUCAUUGCCAACCCGCCUUCAUUCGCUCAUUUCCAUUGUGCUGAAAGACUGAGCAUUCCUUUGCAUUUGGUCUUUACUUUUCCCUAUUCGCCGACCCAAGCCUUUCCACACCCGAUGGCAAACAUCAAAUCAUCCAACGUCGAUCAAACUUACACAAAUUUCAUGAGCUAUCCACUGGUCGAUUUAAUGGUAUGGCAGGGAUUGGGGGAUCUAGUCAAUAGAUUUCGAGUGCAAACUCUGGGACUGGAGCCAGUCUCAACAUUGUGGGCCCCUGGUCAGCUGUCGCGCCUCAAAGUGCCAAUGACCUACCUCUGGUCACCCAGCUUGGUCCCUAAGCCGCAAGACUGGGGCCCAGAAAUCGAUAUCGCAGGCUACGUCUUUCUGGAUCUGGCAAAAUCCUAUAAGCCUCCCCCCGAUCUCGUUGAUUUUCUGAAAACCCCUGAUGAGCGGCCAGUUGUGUACAUCGGGUUCGGUUCCAUCGCGGGUAUAGACGACCCACAAGCAUUCACCAGGAUGAUUUUCGAUGCGGUCGAGAAAGCGGGCGUCCGUGCUGUGAUCAGCCGAGGAUGGGGUGGAAUGGGCGAUGGAAUGGACAAGCCCGAUGGCAUUUUCCUUGUCGACAAUGUGCCUCAUGACUGGUUGUUUCCCCAAGUCGCCGCUGUCGUUCACCAUGGUGGUGCUGGAACGACAGCUGUGGGCUUGCGAUUCGGGAAGCCGACGAUGAUUGUUCCAUUUUUUGGGGAUCAACCAUUUUGGAGCAAGAUGGUUGCACGGGCCGGGGCAGGCGCCAAAGAGGCCCUUCCCCUCAAGAAACUCGACAGCGACAAAUUCGCCAAAGGCAUUCGAGAGUGUCUGGAACCUGACGCCAAAACCAAAGCACAGGAAAUUGCCAAAAGCAUUCGAGAGGAGGGAGACGGCGCAGAGAAUGCGGUAGAUUCUUUCCAUCGCGCAUUGAAUCUAGAGGGGCCCAAUUCUCUGCGCUGUAGCAUAUUCCCCGACCAUGUUGCUGUCUGGAGGACCAGACAUACAAACACUCGGCUGUCAGCCCUGGCCGCUGAGCUGCUGGUUGAAAAUAGACAGCUUCAGUGGUCAGACCUCGAACUAGUCAGGAAUCACGAGUGGACUGAUUUUCAAGGUCCUGGCGAGCCUAUCACUGGUGCUGGCGGAGUCAUCAUUCAGGCAUUCCGGGAAGCCUGCCACGAGCUGGCCACAAUGCACGACACAACCAAGCGCGAUAUCAGACGGUAUGAGAGACACAAGCACAAGCAGAAGGGAAGGUCAGCAGUUGAAGGACUCGUCCUACCUGGCCGUGUUGCCAUGGCUACACGAGGUACAUCCGUUGACGAGCAAAGGAAAGAGCACGCGAGACUGGUGCGCCAAGCCAAUUUGAAAGGCGAAGCAGAGCCUCUAAAGUUGACUCGAUCUGCGACGACUGGAACGACGACCUCGGAACAUACUUCUCCAGUCGUCCUGAUUCUCAAAGACAUCGGCAAAGGCAUCGGACAUUCCAGUAAGGCGAUCGUGGCAAUGCCUUUACAUAUGUGGAAUGCUCUUGCUCUGGGGUUCCACAAUGCACCACGGUUGUAUGGCGACAAGACUGUGCGCACUUCCCCACAGGGAAUAGACGGUUUCCGUACCGGGGUGAAGGUCGCUGGGAAAGAAUUCUGGUUCGGACUAUACGAUGGAGUGACUGGCGUUGUGCGGAUCCCUUACCUCGAGGUUCAUGACGCUGGCAUGUCUGCCCUUCCAAAAGGAGUAGCUCGCGGUUUCGGAGGCCUGGUACUGAAACCAAUUUCUGGAGUGCUUGGUUUGGGCGCUUAUGCGGUGAAGGGAGCUCAAAUCAGCUUCCGACGUCGCUUGCGAGACACUGAGAAGACAGAGCGUUGGAUUCGGCGGGCGAGAAUCGCUCAAGGCCAACGAGCCGUCCGAAUGCUGCAAGAACGGGACAAGUCGAAGCUGGAUGAUCAACACUCAUGUCCCAUGCCGCCACUCACCGAGGUACACAAUCAAGCUUUGCGACUGUGGGGGACGGUCGAGGAGAGCAAAAUCUUGGAGGAGCAAGAAAAGGAGAAGCGACUAAUGUUGCUGAAGAAGAGGGCCAGGCGAGCGCAGCCCGAGUAA